UAAUAACAGUCUCACACAUGUUGUAACAACAGUCCCAUAUGUUGUAACAACAGUCUUACACAUGUUGUAAUAACAGUCUCACACAUGUUGUAACAACAGACUCACACAUGUUGUAAUAACAGUCUCACACAUGUUGUAACAACAGUCCCAUAUGUUGUAACAACAGUCUUACACAUGUUGUAACAGUCUCACAUAUAUUGUAACAACAGUCUUACACAUGUUGUAAUAACAGUCUCACACAUGUUGUAACAACAGUCCCAUAUGUUGUAACAACAGUCUUACACAUGUUGUAACAGUCUCACAUAUAUUGUAACAACAGUCGUACACAUGUUGUAAUAACAGUCUCACACAUGUUGUAAUAACAGUCUCACACAUGUUGUAACAACAGUCCCAUAUGUUGUAACAACAGUCUUACACAUGUUGUAACAGUCUCACAUAUAUUGUAACAACAGUCUUACACAUGUUGUAAUAACAGUCUCACACAUGUUGUAACAACAGACUCACACAUGUUGUAACAACAGUCCCAUAUGUUGUAACAACAGUCUUACACAUGUUGUAAUAACAGUCUCACACAUGUUGUAACAACAGUCCCAUAUGUUGUAACAACAGUCUUACACAUGUUGUAAUAACAGUCUCACACAUGUUGUAAUAACAGUCUCACACAUGUUGUAACAACAGACCCAUAUGUUGUAACAACAGUCUUACACAUGUUGUAACAGUCUCACAUAUAUUGUAACAACAGUCGUACACAUGUUGUAAUAACAGUCUCACACAUGUUGUAAUAACAGUCUCACACAUGUUGUAACAACAGUCCCAUAUGUUGUAACAACAGUCUUACACAUGUUGUAACAGUCUCACAUAUAUUGUAACAACAGUCUUACACAUGUUGUAAUAACAGUCUCACACAUGUUGUAACAACAGACUCACACAUGUUGUAACAACAGUCCCAUAUGUUGUAACAACAGUCUUACACAUGUUGUAAUAACAGUCUCACACAUGUUGUAACAACAGUCCCAUAUGUUGUAACAACAGUCUUACACAUGUUGUAACAGUCUCACAUAUAUUGUAACAACAGUCUUACACAUGUUGUAAUAACAGUCUUACACAUGUUGUAAUAACAGUCUCACACAUGUUGUAACAACAGACUCACACAUGUUGUAACAACAGUCCCAUAUGUUGUAACAACAGUCUUACACAUGUUGUAAUAACAGUCUCACACAUGUUGUAACAACAGACUCACACAUGUUGUAACAGUCACAUAUGUUGUAACAACAGUCUUACACAUGUUGUAAUAACAGUCUCACACAUGUUGUAACAACAGUCCCAUAUGUUGUAACAACAGUCUUACACAUGUUGUAACAGUCUCACAUAUAUUGUAACAACAGUCUUACACAUGUUGUAAUAACAGUCUUACACAUGUUGUAAUAACAGUCUCACACAUGUUGUAACAACAGACUCACACAUGUUGUAACAACAGUCCCAUAUGUUGUAACAACAGUCUUACACAUGUUGUAACUCCUGUAGUGCUCAGUUAGAAUCUGUGUCAAUCAAACUGCUGCUUCACAAAGAAAGAGGGGAAACAGAUCAACAACAGUCUGAGGACCAAUCAUUACAUUUGAUUAUUGAUGAGAGCAUAUUCAUCAAUAACGCAGGACAGCAACUCACUGAACAGCACAGAUGAAGCUGCGGUUCCUGCCAAAACCAGCAGAUGUCAGUUUAGUGCUGUUUCUGCUCAGACUGAAACUCUCCUUCUACACACAGGAUUUCAAUGGUAGAAAAAAAACAGUGAAACUGUCUUAACCAUUAAAAGAUUAAUUUCUUAAUUAAGCAGAUUCAGGCAUUCAGUCCUGAUUUAGAGUCAGUUAAUGGGUUAUAAUAAUAAUAAUGAUUAAAAUAAUGAUUAACGAAUGGAUGAAUCUGCACAAGUCAGUUUUAAAACUGCAGGUAAAUUAAAGUAUUUUUAUUUUAUGCUGUAAGUAAAAGCAUUUUACUCAUUUUCACUUUAAUGUAAACAAAUAUGGCCUUUUAUAUCUGAAGGUCUUAAAAGUCUUAAAAACACUGAAUUCAGUUAAGAAUUAAAAUUAAAACUCACAUUGAUCAGGUUCAGUUCACUUUGAAAAAACAAACUCACCAUGUUAAAGCUGAAACCAGAGAGAAUGACUCAGUACAAUUAAUUAUCAUGUGCGUAAUGAUUAACGUAAUAACUGAAAGGAUGGUUUUCGUCAGUUUAUUGUCACAUCACAGUUAAACGGGGCUCCUUUAAGUUCAGAGAGCACUUUAAUGUUUGCUCUAAACCCUGCAGAUGAUCUAUUGGUGUUUCUUCUUUUUUUUUUUAAAGUCCACUAUUCCCUCAAGACCUAAAUCACUGGAGAACCAUAAUCAGGUCUAUGUUUAACAGUCAGCUAUAAAUAUGGCGCCGGCUUCUCCUCACAUUUUAUUUCUUUAUUGGACAAGAAAACACCGUUCAGGUCUUAAAACCAGAGUCCUCUAUUACGAUAUAGUUCAUGUUCUGCUUCAGAGGACCAAGUUUCUGAUUAAUCACAUUAUUGGGGGGCGGGGGGCAGACAGGUGAGAAUGUGAACACUCAUAGAAGGCCGGGUCACUUGAGGAGGGCGCAUGCGUGAGAGGUUUUUCUCCGUCGCGCUCAGAGGAUGUUUGGCGCGCUGCCUGCGUGCUCCUGCAGUGUGUGCGUGCUAGCGCAAAGCGCGGCCUUCCGCUCGGUGCUCGUCCUCAUCAACAACAACAACAACCACCGGAUAAAGUGUUUCCCGGCUCCUAGUGCGCUGACACACCCAGAGAGACACACUCACCCCGGGACUCUGUGACGAUGGCGGAGACAGUGAAGUACGUGGACGACGAACACAAAAGCAUCUUCCUGAAGCUGCUGAAUGAGCAGCGACUGGAGGGCGAACACUGCGACAUCGCUGUGGUUGUCGAAGACGUCAAGUUCCGCGCUCACCGCUGUGUGCUUGCCGCCUGCUCCAACUACUUCAAGAAACUGUUCAAGAAACACGAGGUGGACAACUCGUCUGUGAUUGAGAUCGACUUCAUCCGCUCUGAUAUCUUUGAGGAGGUGUUGAACUACAUGUACACUGCAAAGAUCUCUGUGAAGAAGAGAGACGUCAACCUCAUGAUGUCGUCUGGACAGAUCCUUGGCAUCCGCUUCCUCGACAAGCUCUGCUCACAGAAACGAGACGUGUCGUCAGAGGAUAAAGAGAAGUUUCCAUAUGACAUCGUGAAGAUGGCGCUGCCGCCCGAGGCUCAGCUGGCUGCUGAGUCUGAGGUGCUGGGGGAACAUGAUAACACACCCGCCACAGAUGACCUUGUUGAGGCGUCAGCCAAUCAAGAGCUAGAUAAAUCUCCCAGUGCAGCACUGCGUGUCCAGGAAGCCAUCCUGAAAGAACUGACCAAUGAGGAUGUACACAAGGUGACCUGCUACGACCAGGAUGUGGUGACAGAGAUGGAGGCAGAGCCUAAAGAGCUGGGGGCGGAGCAUCACGCCACCCAGACGCUGACAUUUGCUGACAGUAUGGGGGAGGUGAAGGACGAACAGCCACCUGGUUGGUCGACAGCAACAACAGACAUGAAGUUUGAAUACCUGCUAUAUGGACACAGAGAACAGCUCGCCUGUCAGGUGUGUGGCAAGACCUUCUUGGACGAGAGCAGACUCAGGAAACAUGAGAAGCUUCACUCAGCAGAGCGUCCGUUUGCCUGUGAGAUCUGCACCAAAGCUUUCACCACACAUGCUCACCUGAAAGAGCACCUGAAGAUCCACACAGGCUUCAAACCAUACAGGUGUGACGUUUGUGGUAAAUCGUUCAUUCGAGCUCCAGACCUGAAGAAACACGAACGAGUUCAUAGCAACGAGAGACCGUUCGCCUGCCAGAUGUGUGAUAAGGCGUUUAAACACAAGUCUCACCUGAAGGAUCAUGAGAGGAGACACAGAGGAGAGAAACCAUUCGUCUGUCCGUCCUGCACCAAGGCCUUCGCCAAGGCGUCAGAUCUAAAGCGUCAUGAAAACAACAUGCACAGUGAGAGGAAACAGCUGCAUCCACUGCAGAGCGACACAGAGACACUGCAGGCUGCUGCCAUGGCUGCAGAGGAGCAACAUCUGGACAACAUCAGCUGCUCCUAACAUCUGGACAACAUCAGCGGCUCCUCACAUCUGGAUAAUAUCAGCUGCUCCUCACAUCUGGACAUCAGCUGCUCCUAACAUCAGCUGCUUCUAACAUCUGGACAUCAGCUGCUCCUCACAUCUGGACAACAUCAGCUGCUCCUUAUCACUGUAUGAAUAAGAAUAUUUUGACUGUAUCUGUUGAUUGAUUUUAAUGUAGUUUUCUCUGCAUCAGUGAACAUUAACUGACUAAAGGGGCUGUUUGUAAGUUUCCUCUGCUGCUGAACCUGGUUUUAUUCUGGAGCUGAUGAUGACGAUGGUGAUGAAGAUGUCGCCCACCAGGAUCUUUAGUCGUCGUUGUGUUUACAGCAGGUUAUAAUCCGUCCACUGAGCAGCUUCAGGACAGACUGCAGGCUACAGUGACUCAGUAUCAGAAAGUGAGACGACGAUCUGACCAGGCUGCAGCUAGCUGGUUAGCAUGCUAACUUCAGUAGAAGAGAAGAGACCAGAAGUUACAUUGGUGUUUGGAGACAGCUGUUGGUGAGUAAAAGAUGAUGUUAGUUUCUUCUAGACUGGUAAGUAAACAGAUGCUAAUGCUAUGUGGCAAUAGCAGAACUUACAAAUGGCUCCUUUAACAUGAACUGAUUAACCUCAACGAUCAUGUGGUGAACAUGUUAAACGUGGCUGACUUUCCUCUGGCUUCUUGUAUGAUCUGUAAAUUCUUGUCUCUUUGUAAAUGACAGGACUCUGUACAGAAAACUGUUGUAUAUGAAUCUGUUCAGUUCAAUGAGCAGAGCUGCUGUGUUUAAACCACGACUUUUAUUUUAUUGUUUCAUUACUGUCACUAAACUACAGGAGCCCAGAGUGGACACAUAAACUCAAAGGGCUCUGUUUACAUGAAAUAAACCAUUUUAAUUCAAACCAGGA